ACAGGGUGUGGAGCGGAUAGUAGUGUGCAGUAUGUAAAGAAGAGGCAUGCAUGUGGAGGGUAUGACAGUGAGCAGUAUGUACAGGAGAGGAGUGUGGAGGGUAUGACAGUGAGCAGUAUGUACAGGAGAGGAGUGUGGAGGGUAUGACAGUGAGCAGUAUGUACAGGAGAGGAGUGUGGAGGGUAUGACAGUGAGCAGUAUGUUCAGGAGAGGAGUGUGGAUGGUAUGACAGGGGGAAGUAUGUACAGGAGAGAAGUCUGGAUGUAUGAAGUGACCUGGGGGUGAUGCAAGCUGGGGAGAGUUGGGG